CUUGGAGGGAGGGAGGGAGGGAGGAAAGCAAGACAGAAUCUCAAAUCAGCCCUCCUGACCUCCCCAGAUAAGGAUCAGGUUGCAUAAAACCCCUGUGUUUUAAAAUAUGAAAUUGAAAACCUGCAUAUUUCUUACUAGUAAUUCUUUUAGAGAUACACAUAUUUUAAAAAUCUUAGGAAAACUAGAUUUAUCUAGCAUCAGAACCUUUCAACUUUUUCCCCUCCUGAGUAAUUUUUUUUUUUUUUUUUUUUAAUGUUUUUGGCUCGUUCUGUACAUGGUCCUUUGAAUCUCAGCCUUUUGGAUAACUCUGCCAGAUGCAAUUUUCUCCCCAGGCUGAGCUGACCUGGAUACGCAACAUGCACAACAGCAGCGCUGAAACCCCGCACACAGCGGGCAGCUGUAACGUGACUUUGCCCACACAGCCCCCGAGCUCCGAGUUUUCGCUGGGCGUGUUGGUGCUGCUGGCUUUCCUCAUGGUGUUGCUAGCUCUGGUCACCAUCCUUGGGAACAUCCUGGUAAUCCUUGCUUUCAUCAUGGACAGGAACCUCAGGCACCGGUGUAACUAUUUCUUCCUCAAUCUUGCCAUUUCUGACUUUGCAGUGGGUGCGUUCUGUAUGCCUUUGUACAUCCCUUAUGCCCUGACAGGGACGUGGCACUUGGGAAGAGGCCUGUGCAAGCUCUGGCUAGUUAUGGACUAUCUCCUGUGCACAGCUUCAGUGUUUAGCAUCGUCCUUAUCAGCUACGACCGUUUCCUGUCAGUUACAAAAGCUGUAUCUUACAGAGCCCGGCAGGGAAUAACUUCCAACCCUGUCAUCAAGAUGGUGGCCACCUGGGUCUUUGCCUUCCUUCUCUACUGCCCAGCGAUCCUCUUUUGGGAGCACGUGGCCGGACACAGCGUGGUAGCGCCGGAUCAGUGCUACGCCGAGUUCUUUGACAACUGGUACUUUCUCUUGUGCGCGUCCACCCUGGAGUUCUUUGUGCCGCUGCUCUCGGUGACCUACUUCAACGUGCACAUCUUCCACAGUAUCCAGAGGCGCCAGCGGCACGGCAGCACGCAGGACUGUGAGCCUCCAAGGAGCAGCAGCUUGUCCUGGAGAUUUUGCUUCUUGCCAAGGCCAGAAGCAUCGUCUCAGUCGGAAGCAGAGGACAGUGUUUCGUCAUUAAGAAGGUCAUGGAGACCAGCAGUGAUGGCUAUCCGCCCAUCUCCAACACAAACCAGCCCCACAGCUCUCAAAAAGGACUUUUCUGUUUCUUUCCGUUCAAGAACUGGGUCAAAACUGCAGCAGGACAAGAAAAUAGCAAAGUCGCUUGCCAUAAUUGUGUGUGUGUUUGCCAUUUGCUGGGCCCCGUACACUUUACUGAUGAUUAUUCGUGGGGCCUGUCAAGGGAAGUGCAUCCAUAGCUCCUUGUAUGAAACAACCUUUUGGCUUUUGUGGAUCAAUUCCUCUCUGAACCCAUUUCUCUACCCUCUCUGUCAUAUGAGGUUUCAAAUGGCUUUCAUGAAAAUAUUAUGUCCCAAAAAAUUUGCAACAUUGAGAUCAUGCAACACAUCUUUUUUUUAGAGUUAAAAUAAAUUAACUUACAGAUAAGGUUCCUCUCCUCUUUAGUGCUAAUUUUUCACAUGUAUCUUCAAUAGAAAUAGAGAAAAAACUUUUGUUUAGUAAUGGCAUUAGUUAAGAGAGCAGCAGAGGUAUGUAUUUGCCUGAUUUUGCUAGUUUUCAGGAUCUUGGUUUUGUUUUUGCUGAUACAAUGCCAGGCUAAACACCAUCUAGUGCAAUGAAAAGAAUAACAAACUUUGCUGGAUGUUCUUCUUGGUUUGUGGGUUUGAGGUAUCUUUUUGUUUGUUUGUUUUUAACUUUUUUUUUAUAUAAAGCUGGCACUAUGAAAGAACUCUUCUAUAGAUAUCACCAUAGAGAUUCAUUGGAGCGAGAUUCCUGUUUGUGUGUGUUGAGUUAAAAUAAAUUUAUGUCCUAUUUGUGAAAGUAAAGCUAUCAGUGAAGAAGCAGUUCUGCUCUGUUUUUGAAAGGAGCAGUACAAUUUCAUUUUAAAAAACAUUAUGAAGACAAGAUAGUGUCCUGUAGUCAUAAUUCCCACAGUGAGCAAUAUGCAAGUGAAUGGAUUGCCUAAUCUGGCAUAUCUGUCCUUUUCCAAUUUUAAUAUAGUUCAUAUCUGGUGUUGCAGGAUGCAGUACACAUUGUUAGUAAUUCUGGUUGAUUUACAGAGGAAGAAAGUUUCCAUGGUAAAGGAAUUUCAAGAUUGUUUAUCAAAAUUGUCACAGGCAUAAAUGGUUGUUACUCUUUUCACCAGUGCUGUCUUUUCUCCUGACAGUGGCUGCCUCUUUGGUCAUGCUUAAAUGAUGUUUAAUGCCAGAUCUGUGCAGUAUUUGAUUUCCUAAAAGGUAGGCUGGGCUUGGGCACCUGAUCACAUUCCUUUUGAAUUAGCAGGGCAAGCAAUACAGAGUUCAUACUGGAUUUAUGAUUUUGGCUGGCUGUGCGAGAAUAAACAAUACCCUCUCAGGUGUAAAGCUUUGCAAGUGCAAAGAUAUUCCAUCAAAACGUCUGGAACAAAUUUGAACUGACAGAGUGAUUUAUACACUAGGUCAGUUCUUUGUGUCCCGUUACUGUGACAUUAUAUGGAUUUUCUCUGCCACUGAACCAGUAUCAAGCUAGACGUUUUCUAUCACUGAAGAGGGGCCAUAUUCACUGCUUGAGAAUGGGAUUCACAGAGGUCUGAAAGUUGACACAGAGGUGUCUUAAGCAGCUUUUAAUAAACAAAGCAGUUGAAUAUGCAGGGCUGAAAGCAGUGGGUAGAUAUGUUGGAGAAGGCAAUGGAGCUUGAUUAUAACCCAUUCCAUGUACUAAACUUUCUUACCUUGUGUUGUGUGUUGCAACUCGCCCAGAAAGCUUUCAUGGAUGGGUAAGUAAGAGUCGCUGGUUAAACAUUUUUUCCUCUCCUUUUACAUAUUUUUUUCCUCUUUGUAUGUAGAAAUGUAUGAAAUAUGGGAAGAGAAAUCUAAUGCACAGAACAAUGACGAGCAAUAGUCAAUUUAUAUAGUACUUUUAAUCUAAUUUGAAAUUGGCUGUGGAAGUGUUGCAAAAGCAGAGUACUCCAUUGCAAGCACAUUUCAAAUGCAUGUAAGCAGCUUAAUCAUAGCAUAAAAGUUGAUGGCUUUGAGGAGCUAAAAUGCUAUUCUGUUCAGAGGUCUGGAACGGAAUGCUUCUCUUGCCAGUUUUCACACUGCUGGAAGAUUAUCUUAGACCAUUCAUUCUUGUUACGCUUCCUUGCCUCACAUGGAUAGUGUUAGGGAUUGUGAGCCUCGUUGCUAAGAAAGGUACAGCUUCAGGGGGAGGUCAUUGAUUCAGCACAGCUGAGGUGCUGGCAUAGAUUUUGUGGGGUUUGUUUUUCUGUGAGGCUUAAAAAACCCAAACACACGUGCACAUUUAAAACAUUUACAGAAUAGCUGGUGUACUGAAUAAACAUCUGUUAAACAGGGAAGCUGAAGGUGGGCCCCAAAUGGAGAAGUAUGUGAGUUGUCUGCUUUUCUAUCCCUACACUUCUAGUGUGAAAAUAGAGUUUGCAUUUUAUGAUUAAAGAGUGUGGUGUUUACUUUGGGAAAGUGCCCUACAAAAUUGACUAGGUAAACUGUAUCCACAUUUUGCAGUGCUGGAAAACUAGUUUGUCAGGGAGUUUGUCACAGAGCACAAUGUGCAGCAAGUUUGAAACUGCAUAGCGAAGCUACUAGAGAUCAAUGUUUUUGAUGUUCUAUAUCACACAGACAGUGUUCAAACUGUUUUGUCACACCACUCUUGUACAUUUGAAGAACUUUACAUUGUAUUUUUCUAAUUGUUGAAAGUUUUGCUUAAUGCUCCCAGGAUAAGUCAAGCACUCAGUUGCUGUGCUCACAGCAUUAAAGCUGUCUUGUUCAAGUGGCAUCCUAAGUCUUCCCUCUGUUGGACAUUUUGCAGGGUUAUGGUAAGAUGCUUGUUCAGCAUUUGUUCUUGGGCAUACUUUUCAUGCACUGACACAUGGAAUUUGCUUGCCAAAGCAAUUUCCAAUCCAAGUCUCUCUGUCCACUCACUCAUCCAUUUCACCAUUUCAUGUCCUUGAAUUUUCUUCUGCCUUUGCAGACAUCCAAUAGGUCUUGUAAAUACAGGAUGACAGUUAGGUUUAACUCAAACCACAGCAGUAUUUUUCUAAC